CUAAAUUACACAAUAUUUUCAAUUUUGCAGUUUGUUAAGCCCUUGGUGGUUUUGUUGCGAGUUGCGGAUGGAGAUAAGCCCGCAAUGGGCUAUAUAUAUGAGGGCAUGGAUAGGGCGAAGGAGGCCAUCAGAUUCGUCUAUGGAGCAGAUGAGAGCAAGUAUGGUCCCAUUUGGGAGAUCAUUGAUAGGAGAUGGCAUCAUCAGCUACAUAGGCCCAUCCAUGCGGCAGCCUAUUAUCUGAAUCUGGCAUUCCGUUUUAUCCCUUCUUUCAAGGCUGAUGCGGAGGUCCUUAAUGGGCUAUAUGCAAUCAUGGAGAAGAUGGGACCUGCUGGUACUUCUCAGAUAGACCUUUUUCGAGAGCUACAGAUGUUCUCAGAUGCACAAGGGGAGACCUUCUCUCGUCCUGUCGCCAAAGACAGUAGGACAACUAUGAUGCCAGAUCAUUGGUGGAACUUUUUUGGCCCAGAGACACCAAAUGUUCAGAAGUUGGCCAUUCGUAUCUUGAGCCAACCAUGCAGCGCAUCAGGUUGUGAGCGCAAUUGGAGUAUGUUUGAGCACAUACACUCCAAGAGGCGCAAUAGAUUAUCUGUGGAGAAGAUGAAUGAUCUCGUCUUUGUUCACUACAACCUCCGCCUGAGAAUGAGAAAGAAUGCAACAGUUGACAUGUCUCCUAUCAUUCUAGAUGAGGUUGAUCUUGAAGCAGAGUGGGCCAAUGAGAAUCAGACAGCUCUUGGGACUCCUACAACUGUAUUUAGUGAUGAUGACAUUGAUUGGAUCGACCAGGUAGAUAUAGAGGCUGAGUCUGUAGCCAUGGCAGAGGAGGAGCAGAGAGUACGAGCAGAGACAAGAAAUACUGAGACUCAGAGUGACACAGCUGUUCCUAAUGUUGGUGAGCAUGACACAGCCGUUCCUGAUGUUGGUGAGCAUGGCAUGGUGUCACGGGGAGCAACUAUGGCUGCUGAAUCAUCCAGGACCUACUUUAAAUGCCUUCGCAGGGGACCAGGGCGAGAGGGUGCACGGCCCUCUCAGCCAUAGGCUUGUACACUUGUAGUUGUAUUUAGUAUUUACUAUUUACCUUUGGUAUUUGUAUGAAACAUUUGAUGAUGAUCAUAUGAUGACAUGGAUUUUUUAUUCCAUGAGUUUUGUAAUAUUGUAUACAUUUGACAAUAUUUAUAUAUCUAUGUUUCUUAUUUUCUUCAGCUACAAUUUGCGUUUAUGCUUAUG